AGACAUUUUUUAUUAGUGGAGCUAAACUAUUAUUUGGUUUUAAGAAGACUUCAGGGGAAAUGGGUUUAAAGUUUGAAGGUUAUGUCAGGGCAGUAGUUUCAGGGGUUCAUCUAGCCUCCAUGGCUCCACAGAAGUCUGGAGUGUGUGAGAAUUUGAAAUUCUAUUCUGCAUUUCUGGUGCUUUUAAAAUGAAGUCCUUCAUUUGUAAAGAAAUGUCAUAGAUGAAAUGGAAGACUUCAUUACUACUAAGGGACUUGGGCAGAUUGUUCACUUGGGCUUUAAGUUUCCUGUCUGUUCCAUGAAGAUGUUGGACCAUAUGAUUGCCAAGAGCCCUCUAAUUCUUACUCUGCUCAGAUUCUCUUCAAGUUAAUUUUAGGGAAUUUUUUAUUAGUACUGGAUUGUUGAAUUUUGUCAAAAAUCUUUAGGAGCAGAAAAGUACCUAGCAGAGUGUCUGGCACAUAGAAUGCACUUGGUAAAAGGGUAGUUGAACAAAUGCAUCCAUGGAAAGUAUUCAAAUUACAGUAAAUUAGAAAUUAUGAGGAAUUUUUCUCAAUGUCAUUUGUAUAUUUGGAGCCUGGAUUUAAAGACUGGUACUCCAAACCCGUGCUGUUUUUUGACUGCAGAUUUAGUAUAAUUGAAAGAGCAGAGUGGUGUUCAUAAUUAGGACAUGCUGUAUAAAAGUUUUUCUCUAAAUUUUACUUUAUUCUCAUACUGUGGUAUCUAACAAGAGGGGAAAAAUCUUACUCAGCCCGACUUGUUCCAUUAGAUUACAAUGUGCUUGAUUGAAUUAUUGAGUUGCUUUAGAAAUUGCAAUUUAUCAUAAUUGACUAAUUUAUCUUUUGUUACUUAUACUAAGAUGUCAGGAUUAAAGUUUAAAAGUUAAUGUUAAUAUUUUUUAACCUCUUACAUUAUCUUUUAUCUCUACCAAGAGCAAACCUGGGUUGUCCCACUAUUGAAAUGCCAAUGUUGUUGGCAGGCAUUUUGUUGAUCCUUUCAGGGCACUGUAAGUUUCUCUGAUUUGUCUGGAGGUUUGCAUAUUUUCCUUUGGGAACAGAAAGCCUAUAGUAGUUUUAUAAGGAUCUCAGAAAAGGAUGCAGGGAGGAUGAGAUUGCAUCUUAUGCUAGUUGUGCCAUGGCAAAUCAUCUUUGUACAGUUCACAUUUAACUAUAUUCAGACUCUUUUAAAAUGCUUUAUAGACUAUCCUGAAACAUUUAGGGCUACGUGAUUAAAAGAACAACUUAAUUUUUUAAGUAUUAGAAGGUAAUAUCCAGACUUAGCCAUUCAAGAAAAAUGUUAUUUUAGUUACCUAUCCUACAAAUUUUUUGAUUUUUAUAUAGGGACUUUAAGAGCAGGAAAGUGCCUAGCAGUGUGCCUGGCACAUAGAAUGCACUUGGUAAAGGGUGGUUGAACAAAUUCAUCCAUUGAAAUAUUCAAUUUACAGUAGAUAAAGAAAUUAUGAGGAACUUCUGUGUACAUAUUUUCCGUUAUCUAAAAAAUAACUCAUGCUUCUGUAAGCCUGAAAUUAUUUCAAAAUAUAAAGUUAAGAAAACUUAUAUGAAAGAGUUUCAUGGGAGUGAUAGUGAAGUAUCAAAGAUAUUAGUAAUCAUCUUUGAGAGGGAGAGGUUUUAUAUCUAGACAACAAAUCUAGGAGGUUUGCAUUUGGCACAGUCUGAAGAAUAUGCUUGUGUUUAUGAGGCAAGUACCAGAGAAAUUGUGAUUCUUAUUUUAUAAAGUAACCUGAAACACUUGAAUAGGAAUAUUCAUUUGUUUAAAUGAAAAUAUAUACAAGAAUAAUUAUUUGUUGAUAGUCCUUGAGUUUUCUUAAACCUAGAAGGAACCUGAGAUUCUAUUUAGCUCUAAUGAUUCAUCCUCUCAUCUUAUAAUUUAGGAGUCUGAAGCCCAGAGAGAUUGUGUCUUGCCCAGAAUCAUACAACAACUUUAUGGGAAGGUUAAGACUAGAACUCAGGGCACACCUACCCUGCCAUGCUCAGCCUAGCCCUCUUUCCGUUCUGUCAUUCUGUGUUUUGUUAUCAUAAACAAUGCCAGCCUGUUCUGAAGAUGAACCCAGUUGAUUUUACUACUAAUCAGUUGACGUGUGUCUGUACUGAGAGCAUUAUAAAAUAUGAAUACCAAGGGUAGGAAGUUAUUACAUCAGCACUGGUCUUCAUUUUAUUCCCUAAUGUGGUUGGUGCAGCAGCUGUGCUAGUACACAGUUGUGAACCCAGCACAUCUGUGUUUUCCAUUUAUUUGUUUGCUUAUGUGUAUUUUGCAGUUGUUAUUUUAUAAUAAAAUUUUUUCAGAGUAUAAGUAGGAGAGUGAAUUUUUAAUUAAAUAAAAAAGUAUAUUAUAAGCAUAUUUACAGUUUUAUGUCAGAAAGAGUAGGCAAGUGACAAGAAGGACUAAGUCUGUAGCUACCUACAUAUAUGACCUUGGGCAAUAUGACCUAGGACAAAUCAUGUAACCUUCAUGGGACUCUGUUUUUCUAUCUACUUAAUUGGAGUCUUUCAUGGGGUUCUGCCCAAGACACUUACAUCUGUUGUUUUAUUUUGUUAAUUGAAGUAUAACAUACACAAAGAAGAGUGCAUAAGUCUUCUUAUAAAAUGGACACUCAUGUAACCACUACUUAGAGAUUUUGAAAAAUCUUCCUUGGUAAUUAUGCUGUGCUUUCCUUGUUAAGAAACACUGGACUAGAACAGUUCAUCUCAUGUUUUUACAACUUUUUCUGGAGUAAAAUUAGCAGAAGUAAUGGUUGAAAGAAGGAAUUUGGACAGUCACUUAAAUUUUACUUUGAAUAGGUUUAUUUGGUUUGUAUUUAGUCUUUUCUUCUGAUGUGUCUCUUCUUCCUCUUUGCUCUUUUUCCUUUGUCUAGGUCCUGGGAGAAAUGGAGAGGGGUCCUAAUGAACCCCUCACUAUGUUUUCUGAAAGUGGUCAGAGAGUUCUUAAACAGAAUUUUGAUUUGGCUGCUACCCUGAAAUAUAAGCGCUAAAAAUGCCUGCUUAUUUGGACUUAGAAGAUGACCUAGAUAAAUAAUAGAAAUUAAGAAAGACAUAUUGGUUUUCUUAUUGUCCACUUGGCAUAUGCUUCUGGAAUAAUAUUCACCAUGGUUUUGGAUGACCUUCCAAACUUAGAACACAUCUAUACUUCCUUGUGUUCAUCAGCAGUGGAAGACUCAGAGAUGGAUUUUGACUCUGGACUAGAAGAUGAUGAUACAAAAAGUGAUAACAUUUUGGAGGAGUCCACUAUCUUUGUGGCCUUCAAAGGAAAUAUAGAUGAUAAAGACUUCAAAUGGAAAUUGGACACAAUAUUGGAGAAUGUGUCCAAUUUGUUACACAUGGAAUCCAGCAAGCUAAAGGUGCAGAAGGUGGAGCCCUGGAACAGUGUGCGUGUGACAUUUAACAUCCCCCGGGAAGCAGCAGAGCGGCUAAGGAUCCUGGCUCAGAGCAACAACCAGCAGCUUCGGGAUCUGGGGAUUCUCUCCGUUCAGAUUGAAGGGGAAGGUGCUAUCAACCUGGCUUUGGCUCAGAACCGAAACCAAGAUGUAAGAAUGAAUGGACCUAUGGGAGCUGGAAAUUCAGUUAGGAUGGAGGCAGGAUUUCCCAUGGCAGGUGGUCCAGGAUUAAUAAGGAUGACCAACCCUGCCACUGUUAUGAUACCCCAGGGUGGAAACGUGUCGUCUUCCAUGAUGGCACCAGUCCCCAAUCCAGAAUUGCAGCCCAGGACUCCUCGCCCUGCUUCUCAAUCAGAUUCAAUGGAUCCACUCCUCUCUGGGCUCCAUGUACAGCAGCAAAGUCAUCCCUCAGGAUCUUUAGCUCCUCCACAACACCCAAUGCAGUCUGUUCCUGUGAACAGACAAAUGAACCCUGCUAAUUUUCCUCAGCUGCAGCAGCAGCAACAGCAGCAGCAACAGCAACAGCAACAGUUGCAAGCAAGACCCCCACAGCAACAUCAGCAGCAGCAGCCACAGGGAAUUCGACCCCAAUUUACUGCCCCAACUCAGGUGCCUGUUCCUCCAGGCUGGAACCAGCUGCCUUCUGGAGCCCUUCAGCCUCCUCCAGCCCAGGGUUCUCUGGGCACAAUGACUGCAAACCAAGGAUGGAAGAAGGCUCCUCUGCCUGGCCCAAUGCAACAGCAGCUCCAGGCAAGACCAUCCUUAGCCACAGUACAGACACCGUCCCACCCUCCCCCUCCAUAUCCCUUUGGCAGCCAGCAAGCCUCACAAGCGCAUACAAACUUUCCUCAGAUGAGCAACCCAGGCCAGUUCACAGCUCCUCAGAUGAAGAGCUUGCAGGGAGGGCCCUCCAGGGUCCCGACCCCGCUGCAGCAGCCCCACCUCACCAACAAGUCUCCUGCCUCCUCACCCUCCUCCUUCCAGCAGGGAUCUCCUGCAUCCUCCCCAACGGUUAACCAAACUCAGCAGCAGAUGGGACCAAGGCCACCUCAAAAUAACACACUUCCCCAGGGAUUUCAGCAGCCCGUCAGCUCUCCAGGUCGGAAUCCUGUGGUUCAACAGGGAAAUGUGCCACCUAACUUCAUGGUGAUGCAGCAGCAACCACCAAACCAGGGGCCACAGAGUUUACAUCCAGGCCUAGGAGGAAUGCCUAAACGCCUCCCACCUGGCUUCUCAGCAGGACAGGCCAAUCCAAACUUUAUGCAAGGUCAGGUGCCUUCGACCACAGCAACCACCCCUGGGAAUUCAGGAGCUCCUCAGCUGCAAGCAAAUCAAAAUGUCCAGCAUGCAGGUGGUCAAGGGUCUGGUCCGCCUCAAAACCAGAUGCAGGUGUCCCACGGACCACCAAGUAUGAUGCAGCCCAGCCUCAUGGGAAUUCAUGGCAACAUGAACAACCAGCAGGCUGGUAGUUCUGGGGUUCCACAGGUGAACAUGGGCAACAUCCAAGGCCAGCCCCAGCAGGGCCCACCAUCUCAGCUGAUGGGCAUGCACCAGCAGAUUGUGCCCUCCCAGGGCCAGAUGGUCCAGCAACAAGGAACUUUGAACCCUCAGAAUCCCAUGAUCCUUUCGAGGGCCCAGCUUAUGCCACAAGGCCAGAUGAUUGUGAACCCUCAGAGCCAAAAUCUUGGGCCCUCGCCCCAGAGGAUGACCCCACCCAAGCAGAUGCUUCCCCAGCAGGGCCCACAAAUGAUGGCGCCACAUAACCAGAUGAUGGGGCCUCAGGGGCAAGUUUUGCUCCAACAGAACCCAAUGAUAGAGCAGAUCAUGACCAAUCAGAUGCAGGGGAAUAAGCAGCAGUUUAACUCUCAGAACCAAUCUACUGUCAUGCCGGGACCAGCACAGAUAAUGAGGGGACCAACUCCGAACAUGCAAGGAAACAUGGUGCAGUUUACGGGACAGAUGUCAGGACAGAUGCUUCCCCAGCAAGGGCCCGUGAACAACAGUCCAUCUCAGGUUAUGGGGAUUCAGGGGCAGGUCCUGCGGCCACCAGGGCCCAGCCCACACAUGGCCCAACAGCAUGGUGAUCCUGCUACCACAGCAAAUAAUGACGUCAGCUUGUCUCAGAUGAUGCCUGAUGUUAGCAUGCAACAAACCAACAUGGUUCCCCCGCAUGUGCAGGCCAUGCAGGGAAACAGUGCCUCGGGAAACCACUUUUCAGGCCAUGGGAUGCCUUUCAAUGCUCCUUUCAGUGGAACACCGAAUGGAAAUCAGAUGCCCUGUGGUCAGAAUCCAGGCUUCCCUGUCAAUAAGGAUGUCACACUAACAAGCCCAUUGUUGGUCAACUUACUGCAAAGUGACAUCUCUGCAGGUCAUUUUGGGGUAAAUAAUAAGCAGAAUAAUACCAACGCAAAUAAACCGAAGAAGAAGAAACCCCCUCGGAAGAAGAAAAAUAGUCAGCAAGAUCUGAACACCCCAGAUGCUCGCCCGGCUGGUUUGGAGGACUCUGAUCAACAGUCAUUGCCUGGAGAACAAGGAAUUAACUUGGACAACUCAGGCCCUAAACUGCCAGAAUUUUCAAACCGGCCGCCAGGUUAUCCUUCUCAACCAGUUGAACAGAGGCCACUUCAACAGAUGCCUCCUCAGCUCAUGCAGCAUGUGGCACCCCCACCACAGCAGCAGCCCCAGCCACAACUGCCUCAGCAGCAGCAGCAGCCACCACCUCCCAGUCAGCCACAAUCUCAGCAGCAGCAACAGCAGCAGCAGCAACAAAUGAUGAUGAUGCUCAUGAUGCAGCAGGAUCCCAAAUCAGUUAGGCUUCCAGUCUCCCAAAAUGUCCACCCCCCAAGAGGCCCCCUGAAUCCAGACUCCCAGAGAAUGCCCAUGCAACAGAGUGGCAGCAUGCCUGUCAUGGUCAGUUUGCAAGGACCUGCCUCCGUGCCACCAUCACCUGAUAAACAAAGAAUGCCAGCGCCUGUGAAUACUCCUUUGGGAAGCAAUUCAAGGAAAAUGGUAUACCAGGAGAACCCACAGAAUCCUUCCAGCUCACCAAUGGGAGAGGUGUCCUCACUUCCUGAAGCGAGUGGCAGUGAAGUACCAUCUGCCUCGGGAGGCCCAAAUAACAUGCCUUCACAUUUAGUAGUUUCCCAGAAUCAGUUAAUGAUGGCAGGGCCAAAACCUGGACCAUCACCCCUUUCAGCAACUCAAGGUGCAACUCCCCAGCAGCCUCCUGUAAAUUCCCUGCCCAGCUCUCAUGGCCACCACUUUCCAAAUGUGUCUGCUCCAACCCAGACAUCUAGACCUAAAACACCAAACAGAGCCAGCCCCAGACCCUAUUACCCUCAGACGCCCAACAACCGCCCUCCCAGCACAGAACCUUCAGAAAUCAAUUUGUCACCAGAAAGACUCAAUGCCUCCAUAGCAGGACUCUUCCCCCCACAGAUUAAUAUUCCUUUACCUCCUAGGCCAAAUUUAAACAGGGGCUUUGAUCAACAGGGCCUAAAUCCAACAACUUUGAAGGCCAUUGGGCAAGCACCUUCAAAUCUUACCAUGAAUAAUCCUUCUAAUUUUGCUGCCCCACAAACUCACAAGUUAGAUUCUGUGGUGGUGAAUUCUGGAAAGCAGUCUAACUCUGGAGGAACAAAACGGGCAAGUCCAAGCAACAGUCGCAGGUCUAGUCCUGGGUCCAGUAGGAAAACCACCCCAAGUCCUGGGAGGCAAAAUUCAAAAGCCCCUAAACUUACUUUGACCUCUCAAACAAAUGCAGCCCUGUUGCAGAAUGUGGAGUUGCCGAGGAAUGUAUUGGUCAGUCCCACUCCUUUGGCCAAUCCCCCUGUACCCGGGAGCUUUCCUAACAACAGCGGGCUGAAUCCUCAGAAUCCCACCAUGCCUGUGGCUGCAGUUGGGGGUGUUCUCGAGGAUAACAAGGAGAGCUUGAAUGUGCCUCAGGACAGCGAUUGCCAGAAUUCCCAGGGUAGGAAGGAACAGGUAAAUAUUGAGCUAAAAGCAGUCCCUACCCAAGAAGUUAAAAUGGUUGUCCCUGAAGAUCAGUCCAAAAAGGAUGGGCAACCUUUGGAUCCUAACAAACUUCCCAGUGUCGAAGAGAACAAAAAUUUGGUGUCUCCUGCUAUGAGGGAAGCACCAACAUCAUUAAGUCAACUUCUUGACAACUCUGGAGCUCCUAAUAUAACCAUUAAACCCCCUGGGCUUACAGAUCUGGAAGUAACACCUCCAGUAGUUUCUGGGGAGGACCUCAAAAAAGUAUCUGUCAUUCCCACACUGCAGGAUCCGCCUUCUUCUAAAGAACCCUCUGGUUCACUAAAUUUACCUCAUAGUAAUGAGCCGUGUUCAACCCAAGUGCAUCCAGAAUUGAGUGAGGUCAGUUCUAAUGUUGCACCAAGCAUCCCUUCAGUAAUGUCAAGACCUGUCAGCAAUUCUUCCAUUUCCACUCCCUUGCCCCCAAACCAGAUAACUGUUUUUGUAACUUCUAAUCCCAUCACAACUUCAGCUAACACAUCAGCAGCUCUGCCAACUCACCUGCAGUCUGCAUUAAUGUCAACAGUCGUCACGAUGCCCAAUGUGGGUAGCAAGGUUAUGGUUUCUGAGGGACAGUCAGCUGCUCAGUCUAAUGCCCGGCCUCAGUUCAUUACACCUGUCUUUAUCAAUUCAUCCUCAAUAAUUCAGGUUAUGAAAGGAUCACAGCCAAGCACGAUUCCUGCAGCCCCGCUGACAACCAACUCUGGUUUGAUGUCUCCCUCCGUCGCAGUUGUUGGCCCUUUACACAUACCUCAGAACAUAAAGUUUUCUUCUGCUCCUGUACCACCUAAUGCCCCCUCCAGUAGCCCUGCUUCUAACAUACAGACAGGUCGACCCUUGGUCAUUAACUCACGAGCCACCCCUGUUCAGCUUCCUUCUCCCCCUUGUACAACUUCCCCAGUUAUCCCUGCUCAUCUUCCUGUCCAGCACGUCAAAGAAUUGAAUCCAGAUGAGGCUAGUCCUCAGGUGAGCACCUCAGCAGAUCAGAGCACUCUGUCCUGUUCACAGUCAACCACAAUGGUUUCUCCCCUUUUGACCAAUAGUCCAGGCUCUUCUGGCAACCGGCGAAGCCCAGUCUCAUCUAGUAAGGGCAAAGGAAAAGUGGACAAAAUUGGCCAGAUUUUACUGACCAAGGCGUGUAAGAAAGUCACAGGCUCUCUUGAGAAAGGGGAGGAGCAAUACGGUGCAGAUGGAGAGACUGAAGGCCAAGGGCUAGAGACCACAGCUCCAGGGCUCAUGGGAACAGAGCAGUUAUCCACAGAGCUGGACAGUAAAACCCCAAUGCCCCCAGCACCCACUCUGCUAAAAAUGACCUCUAGCCCUGUAGGCCCAGGCUCCACCUCAGCAGGACCCAGCUUACCUGGCGGUGCUCUCCCCACCGGUGUACGUUCAAUAGUAACCACUCUGGUACCCUCUGAGCUCAUCUCCACGGCGCCGACCACAAAAAACAAUCAUGGUGGCAUGACAUCUGAGCCACUUGCGGGUGGCCUGGUGGAGGAGAAGGUGGGAUCUCAUCCAGAGCUUCUACCCAGCAUAGCCUCUUCACAGAGUUUAACCCCAAAGGAAACUCCAGUCACGGCACUACAGGGGUCUGUUGCUAGACCAGAACUCGAGGCAAAUGCAGCCAUAGUCUCUGGGCAAAGCAGUGAGCCCAAAGAGAUAGUUGAAAAGUCCAAAACCCCAAGCCGAAGAAACUCCCGAACUGAAGAGGCAACUGUGGCUUCUGAAAGUGUGGAAAAUGGACAUCGUAAACGAUCCUCUCGGCCUGCUUCAGCCUCCAGCUCUACUAAAGACAUAACCAGUGCUGUGCAAUCCAAGCGGAGAAAAUCCAAGUAAACGAGCUGGACGGCGACUUGAUACUUGUAAAUGUGUGUGAAUUUUACAAAGAGCAAUUUUGAGCUGUGACUUUUCUAAAUCCAUUUCUGUACAGUUAGUCAUUUUAAUAACGUGGCCCUUUUCCUAGUCCCUGUAACCUGUUUCGUAAAGUGCAAUGGGGAAAGCAGGGUUGUUGAGCCCUUUUGGUGUUGCAAAGUAAAGUUCAAGGUUUCUAAAAUGUUGCCAUGUACUGAGAGGAGCUAAUGCCAUUAUAAAUGUUAUUAGUUUUCACAUUUCCUAAACAGCCUAGAGUACAGGGUGAGCAUUUUUAGAUCUUCUAAUGAUAUAUUGUGCUGUGGAAGUAUUGUGUGUGAAUAGCAGUAGUGGGGGCAAAAGCAAUCUUCUCAUUUGGAAAUGUUGUAAAUAAUUUUAUUAUAUAGUGUUUUUGGAUGUAUUUGUUGUAGAAAUGGACCAGUGAAUAAAGAGAAUCUAAGGGUUUGUACAAUGUGAAAUAAUGUGUUAAAUAAAUGUCAUUGUCCUAGAACAUAAAGGUAUGUUGUUGGUAAGGAGUUAUUAGAUGAGCAAGUUCUUUGAACCAUAAAUGAAUAGGCACAGCUUUCCUUGUGAAUCAGAAUUCCAGCUUGCCCCAUUGCACCAGAGAUGCCCUCCUGGCAAGUUGAGGAAAAUGCACAUACUUGCUCACUCAACUCAUUCAAGGACAGGAAAGCUGUCAGCAACCUAGAUAACGCUUUUUCUCCACCUUAUACAUUUGCGUCUCAAUGCACAGGAUGGAUUGCUCCCUAACAACUGUGUUUACAUUUCCUCUAUUUGAAAUAAGCCCAGACUGACCAGGAAGAUUCUUUGUAUCAGUAUCAAGAAUUGAGCCCAGUGUAGGUCACAUUUCCACUUUUAGUCCAGUUCUGUGGUUAGAUGAGACAGCUUCCAAAUAAAAGGGGUCAUUUUAUGCUACAUACUUCAAAGAUGUCCACUACAUUGCACUUCUUUGCGCUGUUUCUCACCUCGGGGUGACUUCUCAUCAACGUGCCCAGGUUUUUUCCCCUUUCCUGGUCUAACUUUUACCUCACAGUUUGUACAGUCUCCAAAACCAGCUUCUGUCCCUAUCCUACCCCAGCCUUCAGGGGACUCUGCUGCUUCAGGCCCUGUCCUUGUCUCAGCCUGGGCUUCAGUCUUCUGCUGUGUCUCCUAGGGCUAGACUUACACUCCAUCCUUUCCCCUCCAGUGCCACCUUGUUCUAGACUUACACUCCAUCCUUUCCCCUCCAGUGCCACCUUGUUCUAGACUAACACUCCAUCCUUUCCCCUCCAGUGCCACCUUGUUCUAGACUUACACUCCAUCCUUUCCCCUCCGGUGCCACCUUGUUCUAGACUUACACUCCAUCCUUUCCCCUCCGGUGCCACCUUGUCCUUGCCAAGAACUGAGACCAAGAGAAUGAGUUGGUGAUUCUGUCAUGCUUAUUCUCAUGUCUAUUUCAACUGUCUUAAUGUUUUGCAUUAUAAUGAUCCUCUAAAAGUAGUUAUUUAUGAGUCAGACCCCACAUUGUCUGGCUGUGCUCCCAGCAAGCUCAUCUACCCUCUUCCUUUCUCAUAUGACAAACACGACCAGAAUCAAAGUCAGCUUAAUAAUAAUACCCUAUGCCAGUACUGUGCUUGAGAUUACAAAGUGCUUCCCACACUUUAGCUCAACUCAGGCAGAAGGAAUAAUGUGCUUUAAAUAGAUUUUUAUUUGUUUUUCUUUAUAUUAAUUUUUUUCUCCCAUAGAGGAAUAACAUUACAAUCUAACAAUCAGAAUCCUGUUACACACAUACACAGGCAUGCCACAUGACCAGGUCAAGGUGGUUGUGUCCUUGAGUCUGUCGACACAUCACACAUAAUCAACCAAAGUCUCCUCAUUUCAUCCAUCCUCAACACAGAACACCCAAACGGGAUGCAUUCAACUUGGUUCCGUUUGGAACUAAGUGGCAGGGCAAGAGGGAAGUUAUUCGAAGUGGGUUGUGAUAUGCCUGCAUUCAUUCCCCUCAUGUAAAGCCAUGUGGAUCUGGGAGGCAUCCAAGAUCUCUGGUAGGUUCCUUGUUGCACCUAAGACAUUAUGGAUCAGAGCAAGUUGAUCAGAGGGCUCCAGGCAGGAGGCUGGGGAACGGGCAUACUCCAAAACAGCACCAAACUGCAUUCAUACACACAGUGCCCUGCUGGAGCUAGACUGUGGAAAGCUGGAAAGUGACAACCAAAUUGAGGGGAGCACUCAGACUUAUUGGGGACAUAAAUGGAAAUUGCCCUUUGAUGUAAUUGGGACUCACAUUUUAAAAAUGGAGUCCCUCUGGCAUACUCAGUUUUGGCAAAGUGCUGGUAGUGACAUUAUUUAAUACUCACAAACUGAAACUUCUCCAGGAUCUCUGAAAACAGCAGUCAAGACAGACUCUAACCCUUGCUGUCUAAGGUUGCAUAGGACUUUGUGAAUUCUGGUUCCCUCAUGUAUUCAAGUUCUGUGGUUUACCUGAAGCAUGCUCAAGGUGAAAGGCACAUACACAGUCAAUACAGUAUGACGAGGUCUGAUGCUUCAGGAGUCAGACUAGGAGAUUGAGUAGUGUUUGUUCUUAGAAAUCUAUACACAAUUAAAAUAUUGCCACACUCAAAUGCUACAGAAUCUAUAGAACAGUACAAAAAAAUAUGAACCUUGCAACCAGGUAGGCGAUGGAGGGUUCUAGAACUAGAGAGGCCUCCAGAAAUAUGGGUGAGGGCAGUGCCUUUUGAAGUUUGAAGCAAAUGCCCUAUACCUCAAACUCUUCCACCAGAAGGAUCAUGAACACUACCCAGGAUUGACCUAGGCCCCAUCUCGCAGUGAAGGAGUAGGCAGGAAGUGUUAGAGGAAGUUUUAGCUCUUGGAAGUGCUGAAGAUUCUAAACUGUGAGGUGACCA